AUGCCAGCCAUGGACCCCAGCACCCCAGGCACGGAAGUUAAUCUGGAAGACAGCAUGGCCAUUACUAGGAAAACCAACAUGGGUGUCAUGAGAGCUGUGCAACAUUUUAGUCAUGGUGUAAGAUAUAUAUUUACAACAGGCAAUCUCACAAUUACAAUUCAUACACAAUAUAAAAUUAAGUAA